AUGUUCGGUGCGGCGAAAAGGCUGGAGGACGUGACAGAAGAGCCCCAGGAGAAGGACGAGUUUGACGGCUACACCCUGGUUAAUGACGGGGCAUGUGACUGGAGUGAUUACGACAAGGCUCUCUCCAAUGACUAUAGUCACCCUUCCCCUACCACGACUCCCGUGGACCCGGUAUGGACCCUGGGCGAAACCGACAACUGGCUGCUAAGCCCUGAACUCCGUCAGCCAAAGAGGAGAAGAUCGAUGGAGCAACCGCUCACGAGUCACGGCAAUCGCUUGGGCUGCAGAUUCAGUUCUCUGUCACGACGGUGGAAGAAUCGAUCUGCUGCUAGCCCUCAAUUGUCCAUCGUCACGCAUCACAGCUCGCCUGCUUCUCGAUCUGGAUCCUUGACCUCUUCACAACUACGGAGUCCAGCUCUCAGUGCCAUCUCCAGGCACGAGAGCGGACUGCCUUCAUCGCCGAUCUUGCCGUACACGAAUGACGCCCCAUUUUCAGCUGAGGCCAGGCCUAUGGACAUCGCGCAAAGUGCCAAAGAGGACGAGGCAGAGGCAGGUCAAGCUACAACGCCUCUGCUCCCGCCUCUUCUCUCCGAGGUCGGCAAGAAAGAUGAGCCCAUACAUUCACCGCUUCAGUCACCCGCAAUUGCUCCGACCACUGCCCUAGUGAGCUCCCGAGCGUCUCUGGAUACUCCUCUGUCAUGCCUGCCGUCGCCGCCGCUUUCCACGAGACCAUCGAUGGUUUCGAUGCACGGCAGGUCCCGUACAAACACCCUGACGAACUCUCCCUUUUGCGACAUUCCUUCGUCCCAACUCGUCGAGGAUACUGCUGACCCGUGGGAUGCAAGACUUGGUCACGCCAACUUCAUAAUCCACCCGGAACCAUAUGUCUCCGAAGUGCUCGACCUGGACUCGUACGCCCAGUACCGCAAAAACUGGGAUCAAGCUCGGACAAAUUAUGCUAAGCAUAUUGCCAGAACUGUCGAGCAUUAUGGGUCUACCUCCAAAGUCUACAAGUUGACCGAGGAAAAAUGGGCUUCGGUCGACAAUGUCUGGAAGCGGCAACAUGAUUUGAUGAGAACUGCUAUGGCACCCGUUCUCGCUCGGUUGAGCGAUGGAGACUCGGAGAUGCAGGACUCGACUGCAUCUAGUGCUGUCCUCGAGAAGCCAUUGACCAAGCUGGUUGUUCCUCUCAUUGAUGACAAAAGCGGCAAAUUUCCAGCGCUCGGCGACGGCGAGAUUGUCGGACCCAUGUCUGUUGCUCGACCACGUGUUCUCAUCACUGACCACGACACGAACCUCGGAGCGAAGAGCCCACCACUGUCACCUCAUAAGCGCAAUCUGCUCAGAUUGCUUUCCGAUAUUUUCCACAACUGA